AUGGCAGCUGGAGAACCUAUCUUAUACAGCUUGUACGUCUAUGCUCCUGACAAAGGUGCGCCCAUCUUCUUCGCUGUUGCAUAUGCCCUCUCAGCCAUAUUCCAUAUUUGGCAAUGCUACCGUUAUGAAGCUUGGAAGUUGAUCGGCCUGCACCCCGUUUGUGCUGUGCUAUUCACCGUCGGUUACGCGAUGCGCGAAUAUGGAGCCUACGACUACAUGUAUAGCGUGACUACGAAAGUGCCUCUGAUGGUGUUUAUCCUUAGCCAAGUCUUUAUCUUCGUGUGCCCUCCACUCCUAGAACUUGCCAACUACCACGUCCUCGGCCGUAUAUUUUCUUAUGUGCCCUGGUGCGCACCUCUCCCCCCUGCAAGAGUUUUAACUAUAUUCGGUGGUCUCAUGGGCCUCGUCGAAGCACUCAACUCCCUGGGUGUAUCACUAUCCGCAAACCCGUCGUCCUCGAGUUCGACACAAUCUCUCGGCAGUAAUUUAACAAUAGCAGCCCUCAUAAUCCAGCUCUGUCUUAUUGCCAUCUUUAUCUGUCUUGCCGGCCUCUUUCAUCAGCGAUGCUCAAGAGCGAAUGUACAAGUCAAGGGUAUCGGGAUUCUCCUUCGAACGUUAUACGUGAGUAUGGCGUUGAUCCUCGUCCGAUGCAUCUAUCGACUAGUAGAACAUACGGGAAAUACGAACGUGGACCUCGAUAAUAUCGAGGCUCUUAGAAACUUGAGUCCCAUCUUGCGGUAUGAGGUCUUCUUCUAUAUAUUUGAGGCAACUCUCAUGCUCAUCAACUCGGUUCUAUGGAACAUAUGGAAUCCAUGCCGAUUUCUGCCGAAGGAACAUCACAUCUACCUCUCGCGCGACGGAACCGAAGUCUAUGGAGAAGAAGACUCCGAUGACCGGCCGCUCCUGGCUAAGACGGCAAAUGUAUUGACGUUCGGCAUCCUAUUUCGCAAAAAGAAGCAGACUCGAGGAUUCGAAGAGCUUAAUCAAUACCCUGGCUCUAGAAACUAA